GUGUAGCUUCCCUUCCGCAGUGGCAAGCCGAAAAAGUAUACCUGCCGCCCGCCCUAGCUAUAAAUGUGUUCAUGCUGCUGACCUUUCUCUGGCCCCACACAGAGCUGCAGUGUAUUCAGCGCUGAGUCGCUGACAGCACAGUGAUGGAUGUAAGGAGGACGGCAGCCUUCACCUCCACGUUAGUAAAGAGAGAGAGGACUGGAGGAGCAUUCAUGAUCCCAUUCCUUAUAUUGCUGGUGUUAGAGGGUAUACCACUGCUACAUCUUGAGUUUGCAAUUGGACAGCGCUUAAGAACAGGAAGUGUGGGAGUAUGGAGUGCCAUUCAUCCAACUCUGAAAGGGGUUGGCAUUGCAUCAAUGUUUGUCUCUUUCCUUGUUGGUUUGUAUUACAACACCAUUAUCGCCUGGGUCAUGUGGUAUUUCUUCAACUCCUUCCAAGAGCCUUUACCAUGGAGUACAUGUCCACUGAACCAGACAGGUGUUGUAUCAGAGUGUGAAAGAAGCUCUCCUGUGGAUUAUUUCUGGUAUCGGGAAACACUGAAUACCUCCAAAUCUAUUGAAGAAUCAGGCACUCUCCAGUGGUGGCUUGUUCUCAGUUUGGCUUGUGCUUGGGGUGUCCUGUAUGUGUGUACCAUUAGAGGCAUUGAAACAACAGGAAAGGCAGUUUAUAUAACAUCAACACUUCCAUAUUUGGUCCUCACAAUUUUCCUGAUUAGAGGUCUCACAUUGAAAGGUUCUGUAAGUGGAAUCAUAUAUUUGUUCACGCCAGAUGUUAAUGAAUUGGCAAAUCCAGUUACUUGGCUGGAUGCUGGUGCCCAAGUUUUCUAUUCAUUUUCUCUUGCUUUUGGGGGCCUGAUUUCCUUUUCCAGUUACAAUUCUGUACAUAAUAACUGUGAAAGAGAUGCAGUCAUAAUCUCCAUUAUAAAUGGCUGCACAUCCAUAUAUGCUGCCACCGUUAUCUACUCUAUCAUUGGAUUUCGUGCUACAGCCCAAUUUGAUGAUUGUUUUGACAGAAACAUUCUAACAUUGACAAACACAUUUGAUUGGCCAGAGGGAAAUAUAACACAGGAGAACUAUGAUGACAUGGUCAGUUAUUUUAAUCAAACACAGCAGAGCGUGUUCGAAACUCUUUCACUUCCAAAAUGUGAUUUAGAUACCAUUCUAUCUCAGGGUGUGGAAGGAACAGGACUAGCUUUUAUCGUAUUCACAGAAGCCAUAACAAAAAUGCCGAUAUCCCCUCUCUGGUCUGUUCUGUUCUUCAUCAUGCUCUUUUGCUUAGGACUUUCCUCCAUGUUUGGUAAUAUGGAAGGUGUUUUAGUACCAUUGAUGGAUCUCAAAAUAAUACCAAAAACGUGGCCAAAAGAAGUUGUGACAGGUGGUAUAUGUGUAAUUUCAUUUUUGAUUGCACUUAUAUUUGUGCUGAGAUCUGGAAAUUACUGGCUUGCUUUAUUUGAUGGUUUUGCCGGAUCCAUACCUUUGCUAAUUAUAGCAUUUUGUGAAAUGUUUUCAGUGGUUUACAUAUAUGGAAUAGACAGGUUUAACAAAGACAUUGAAUUCAUGAUUGGUCACAAACCAAAUAUUUUUUGGCAAGCCACUUGGAGAGUUAUCAGUCCUCUUAUUAUGUUAGUUAUAUUCAUUUUCUAUUUUGUGAUAAAAGUUUCUCAGGAGCUUCUCUACAUUUCCUGGGAUCCUGACUAUAGCGAGUUUCCAAAGUCGAAAGAGCAACCUUAUCCUGGCUGGGUGUAUGCAAUCAUUGUAAUUCUUGCUGGAGUUCCAAGUUUAGUAAUACCUGGGUAUGCCGUUUACAAACUUAUUCGGAACUGCUGUAAAAAGGACGAUGAUGAGCAAGAAAUUAUGAACGCUGCAUCUAUGGUGUCUAUUAAUGGUGAUCCUAAAAGCAAGUUUUAAAGUUUACAAGCCAUCAUGAAAGACUUUCAAUUGACGAUAUAUAUAAAAAAACAAAAAAACUAUUAUAUAGGCAAGUUCCUUUAUUUUCCAAACUCAGACAUGUCAUUGGAGCAGAGAAAGGUGAAGAAUUGAAGUAUCUACAAGAGAGAGAAGAACUCCAGUGGGAUUCAUAAAAGGAUGUAAUAAUGAUUAACCUUGUGUUCACUGAACUAUUAUUAAAUCAGAGUGUCUACUUUGCACAUAUCAAAGGACUGAAAACGUUUUGUAGUCACAUAUUACGAUUUGCUAUGGAUAGCAAUAUAUUUUAAGACCCCUAGAAAUUUUUGCUAAUGUGAAAUACUGUACUCUACUGUAACUAGCUCAUUAACACAUGUACUUUCGCUAUUCAAUUUAAAGUUACAGUAUAAAAAUAUAUACGUUAAUAGCUGCAACUGGAGCGCUUAAUUCUCUAACGUUUCUGAGUAGUCCUUAUAAAAAUCUAGAAGUGUCCGAAUUAAAUGGCUUUCUGGUAUUUUACUAACUGAGUCUGUAACUUUGUGCCAGAGCUAUUAUUUCGGGAAAAAACAUACCAGGUUCAAAGAGUUGAUGUUUUCUACCCAAAGAACCAAUCCUAUAGUACUUGCUUUGUAAUCUACUCCACCGAGUCUAUCCAUACAUUUUGUUGGCCAGAUCUUACAAAUUAAGGAUUCUUUAAAAUUAUAAUGCUUUAUUUGUCUACUCAUUGUAAGAAAGAAAUCCAAAACAUUACCUUCAAAAGCAUUAUGUACAGUAUGUGCUUACCUCUUCAGGGUCAUGAUUAAUAAAGCUGAACUAUUUUUAUUUCUUGAA